UCCUGCCACCAUGAAAACCAUCAUAGCAGCCUGCUCCCAGAACCUCAGUGGCAGCCGGGCCAGCAUCCAGACCGCCCUGAGGACGCUGCUGGCCGUGCCCUGGCCCUCGCAGCGCGACAUCGGCUCCGCACUCCAGCUGCUGGCCGUGCUGCAGUGGGUGCUCAGCUUCCUGCUGCUGGGAAUCGUCAGCCUCCUGCUCCUCAUCUACCUGCUGUUCACCAGCCUCUGGCUCAUCCCCGUGCUCUACCUGGCCUGGAUUAUCUUUGACUGGGACACGCCGGAGAAAGGUGGCAGGAGGCUGUCGUGCCUGCGGCGAUGGACCGUGUGGAAGCACUUUCGGGAUUAUUUCCCGGUGAAGCUGGUGAAGACACACGACCUGUCCCCCAGCCACAACUACAUCAUCGGCUCGCACCCCCACGGCAUCCUCUGCGUCGGCGCCUUCUGCAACUUCAUCACGGGCUCCACGGGCUUCGAGGAGCUGUUCCCGGGCAUCCGCUCCUUCCUCACCACGCUGGCCGGAAAUUUCCGCCUGCCCUUGUUCCGGGAGUACCUGAUGAGUGGCGGGCUGUUCCCGGUGACCCGCCGCGCUAUCGGGUACCUGCUGUCCCAGAAGGGCACCGGCAACGCGGUGGCCAUCGUCAUCGGCGGCGCGGCCGAGUCGCUGUCCUGCCGGCCCGGCGUCACCACGCUCAUCCUCAAGAACCGCAAGGGCUUCGUGCGCAUGGCCCUGCGCCACGGGGCUUUCCUCGUCCCCUCCUUCUCCUUUGGCGAGAACGACCUCUUCCGCCAGGUGGUCUUUGAGGAGGGCAGCUGGAUGAGGAGCAUCCAGCGGCGCUUCCAGAAGAUGAUGGGCUUCGCUCCCUGCCUGUUCUACGGCCGCGGCCUCACCUCCUGCCGCUCCCGCGGCUUCCUGCCCUACGCCAGACCCAUCACCACCGUGGUGGGGGAGCCGCUGGCCGUGCCCAAGGUGGAGAACCCGAGCCGGGAGCUGGUGGACCGGUACCACGAGCUCUACAUCCGCGCCCUGCUCAAGCUCUUCAACGAGAACAAGACCAAAUAUGGGCUGACCGAGUCAGACGAGCUGCACAUCCUCUGA